AUUUAUUUCUCAGUUGCAAUUUAUUCGCCGCCGAUGAAAGUAAGCGAAGCGUAACGAAAUUUUUUUUAAUAUACCAAAUAAUAAAAAGAAUACCAUGAGUGAACCAACUGCAUUUGAGGUAUUAAACACUCCAUCUUGGAUGAAUAAAGAAUUUUUUACCGAAGUCUUGAAAAAAAGUGAAAAAGACGAUGAAAUAUUGGUCAAUAAUAUUUUUGUAACACCUUCUAACAACCGUAGUAAUGACAGUCUUCAUUUCGAAUUAAUUGUGUAUUAUAGUGCAAAAAAAUUGAAAGACUUAUCAAAAUCAUUGAUAGUCAAAACAGCUCCAGAAUCGGAUGAAGAAAAACCAGAAAGUACUUCCACUUCAUUAACUUUUGUUUCGAAACCAAAUAUUUCAAUAUGUUCAAAAAUAUUACCAACACUUGAAGAAGAACUUAGAAAAAUUGAUGAAUAUAAUAUUUUUGCUUCAAGAGUACUAUUUCAGUCACUAGAACCGAAAGAAUGUAUUGUUUUUGAAAACAAUGUACCCAAAGGCUAUGAAGUAAUGCGUGCGAGACACUGCAACAUGGAAGAAGUGAAGGCGGCUUUUUUGAAAUUAGCCAAAUGGCAUGCUGUUAGCUAUAAAAUUGCUAAUGAGGACAACACUGCUAAUAUGAGUGCACAUUUUAAAAGCAUCGAAGAGAUGCCUUCGAUAAUACCAAAAAUUCAAAAAUUCAUCGAUAAACUCGAGACACUUGAUGCAUCGAAAAAAAUGAUACUCAAAAUGUGCAUAACAUCACUCAAACCAAUGCAUCGAACUGAAAAAUCACCAUCAAAAGGAAUAUUUGUGUUAUGCCAUGGAAGAUUUCAUCGAGAAAAUAUUGUUUUCAAACACAAUUCCAAUGGCCAAUUGGAAGAUGUUAAACUGAUCAAUUUGCAAGAUUGCUUUUAUGGACCAGCAAUGUUUGAUGUGAUAUAUGCAAAAUAUACAAUAAUGGAUUCAAAUAUUCGUACAAAUUAUAUCGAUGAAUUAAUUCAUUAUUAUAGUUUGAAUUUUAUUGAGACUUUGAAGAAAUUAGAUUUUCAAGGAGAAAUUCCGAAAGUAUCAGAUUUUUAUGAUGAUAUUUUGAGGAUACAAUAUCCUGAACUAUUUCAUAUGAAAGAUGUCAUUAUUCCUAUUUGGCAUGCUUUUGCAGUUGGCGAUAGUGAGAGUGGAGAUGUUGAUGCGAUCGAAGAAGCUAUUGAUAAAGAAAUGGAAACACUUGUGCCAACUUUGUAUGGAAUUCAAUGAAAAUUAAAUUUAUAAUAAUUGUAAUAAAAUUAAGUAUUAGACACUUGUUCCGGACCAAAAAAAAGAUUAUGAACAAUAAUCGAUUAGUGGACUGUAAUAUAUUUAAUAGUAAAUAAUAAAUAAAAGACAAGUGAAUAUUUUGAAUAGGACUGUACGUCCUGUUUAUUGCGA